CAAAGCGGGGAUGAGGAGGGUGGAAAGGGGGGCGGGAUAAAAAGGCGCGGGGUGGAGAGGAGGGGGAGCCGGGGAGGAGAGGCUACAGCGGCGGCAGGCGGGGGCAGCAGCGCACCGCAGGGUAGCAGGAGGACCGCCGCUCGGAAAGUGCGGAGCCGUUUCGUCUCCCCCCCGCCGCCCACUCGCCCACGCCCACGCCUCGCGCGCUCCAGGGGGUGCAAGUGCUCUCUCGUCUCGAUCGCUGCUGCUGGUGGUGGUAGCGAGCGCGAGCCCCGAGGAGGGAGGGAGCACGCGUGCCUGAUCGCCUCUCGCGCGCCAUGUCGUCCGCCGCGGGCGGGUACGGCGCCGAGCCCCACUGCCACGGCCACGGCCACGGCGACUUCCUGCUGCACCACCACCAUGCACAGCACGUGGCCGCGCAGCAGCUCUACCACGUGCCGCAGCACAGCCGCCGCGAGAAGCUGCGGUUCCCGCAGGACGACGGCUCGCCUCCGCAGCACCAGCAGCACGCCGGGGCGGCCUGGCCUCCGCCCCCGCCGGGGUUCUACUCCUACGCCUCCUCCUCCACGUCCUCCUACUCCCCGCACAGCCCCACGGGGCUCGCGCAGGCGCAGCUCGUCGCCGCGCACGCCCACGGCCUCGCCCCGCCGCUCGCGUCGCAGAUCCCGACGCAGAACUUCGCGCUCUCGCUCUCCUCCUCGUCCUCCAACCCGCCCCCGCCGCCGCCCCCGCAGCAGCAGCAGCCCAGGAGGCCGCUCAUCGGCGCCCCCGCGGGGCCCUUCGGGCCCUUCACCGGCUACGCGGCGGUGCUCGGCCGGUCCCGCUUCCUCGCCCCCGCGGAGAAGCUGCUCGAGGAGAUCUGCGACGUGGGGGGCGCGGCCCCGCACGUGGACCGGACCGCCUCCGAUGAGGCCCUGCUCGACGCGGAUCCGAUGGAGGGCAUCGAUCACGACAUGGACGGCGACGACCGCGCCGCCUCCGACGCCGGGCCCAUCUCUGGCGCCGAGCAGCAGUGGAAGAAGACCAGGCUCAUCUCCAUGAUGGAAGAGGUCUGCAAGAGGUACCGACUGUACUACCAGCAGGUCCAGACUGUCAUCAACUCGUUUGAGACCGUCGCCGGGUUCAGCAACGCUGCCCCGUUCGCCGCGAUGGCGCUGAGGGCCAUGGCGAAGCACUUCAAGUGCCUCAAGGGCAUGAUACUGAGCCAGCUGCGGAACACGUCCAAGGCUGCUGCCGGGAAAGAGGGGCUCAGCAAGGACAUCGCCAUGUUCGGGCUUGCCAGUGGCAGCGCCGCCGCCCUCCAGAGAGCGAGCAGUAUGGCUGCGUUCGGCCAGCCGCACAACAUCUGGCGGCCGCAGCGAGGGCUCCCAGAGCGUGCUGUCUCUGUGCUCCGCUCUUGGCUGUUUGAGCACUUCCUGCAUCCAUAUCCUACUGAUGGUGACAAGCAAAUGCUAGCUAAACAGACGGGUUUAACGCGGAACCAGGUAUCGAAUUGGUUCAUCAAUGCAAGGGUCCGGCUCUGGAAACCAAUGGUGGAAGAAAUCCACAACCUCGAGAUGAGGCAGGUCCACAAGCAUCCAGCCCUUGACAAGAGCCAGCUCUCCAUGCAUCACCAGACCCAGCAUUCGUCUGAAAGCAGCAGGAAGCCCUCAGAUCCUUCUGACUCCCAGCUCGGCCAAAGCAGCAGCAUCACUCGGAAUCACGGCAUCCCUACCUCUCAAGGCUUCCCGGAUGAGCUCUCCCAGAUGUCCCACUCCAUCCAGCAGGGGCAGGUCACCUUCGCAUACAACGGGCUGUCGACUCCGCAGCAUCAGCACAGCCUCGCGUCGUCACAACAUCACCAGCAAGUUGGAUCAAUGAGCGGCAUCGCCGGGGCGGGGAAUGGCGGUGUGUCGCUCACCCUUGGACUCCACCAGAACAACCGGGUUUGCAUCGCCGAACCACUCCCAGUGUCCCUCCCGCCCAACCUUGCCCACCGUUUCGGUCUGGAGGAGGUCAGCGAUGCCUACGUGAUGGGCUCGUUUGGAGGUCAGGACCGGCAUUUUGGCAAGGAGAUCGGUGGCCAUUUGUUGCAUGAUUUUGUUGGCUGAUAUGGCUGCUAGUGCGAUUGGUGCUCCUGCAUGUCAGUUUUCUGAUGGUGCAUAACCUUGUACUGUACCACUACUAGUAUGUUAGAAUGGUAUAUAAGUGGAUCACUUGGUGGCUUUGGCUUGAUCACUUUGAAUCGAUUUCUAUGGAGGGUGGAGGAAAAAACCGUUGCUGACUUGUCAGCCCUUCUUGUAGAUCCAAGUGUGUUGCCAGAUAUUUGACUUGCUGGGCUAAUAGAGAGCAUGAAAAUACAUUCCCAAGUCCCCAAUACGUGUUUGCUCUGAGAUGAGAUUUGAUACAUGGUGUUGUUUCAAAAAAGAUUUAAUAUAUGGUGAGAUAUUGUUCC